GAUUGCGACGAUUCUGACAGUUAUGAGAGUGAAUCCAAACAAGUGAUUGUCGGCAUCUGUGCGAUGGAGAAGAAGACAGAAUCGCGUCCAAUGAAAGAGAUAUUGACACGACUUAACGAAUUUGAAUUCAUUAAGACUAUUGUCUUCUCCGAGAAGACAAUUCUUAGCGAUCCGGUAGACAUGUGGCCGCUUUGCGACUGUUUUAUAUCGUUUCACUCAAAGGGCUUUCCGUUAAGCAAAGCCAUUGAAUACGUGUCACUUCGGGAACCAUUUAUUAUCAAUGAUCUUCACAUGCAAUACGAUAUUCAGGACAGACGUAAAGUGUAUAGAAUAUUAGAGGAAUCGGGUGUAGAGUUACCGCGUUAUGUGGUUCUCGACAGAGACUCUCCUAAUCCUGAAGAACGUGAACUCAUUGAGAGUGAAGAUCACAUCGAAAUCAAUGGCGUUGUCUUUAAUAAGCCGUUUGUCGAGAAACCAAUUUCGGCCGAAGACCACAACAUUUACAUCUAUUAUCCGACGUCUGCCGGCGGCGGAAGUCAACGGCUCUUUCGAAAGAUAGGCUGCAGAAGUAGUGUCUAUUCUCCGGAAAGUCAUGUCCGAAAAACAGGUUCUUAUAUCUACGAAGAGUUUAUGCCAACCGAUGGAACCGAUGUGAAGGUGUAUACGGUUGGCCCCGAUUACGCUCACGCGGAGGCCCGCAAAUCACCCGCACUCGACGGGAAGGUAGAGAGGGAUAAAGAGGGCAAAGAAGUGCGAUAUCCAGUGAUCUUAAGCAACACCGAGAAACUAAACGCGCGGACAGUGUGUCUGGCGUUCAAACAAACCGUUUGCGGCUUUGAUUUACUCCGCGCUAACGGCAAGUCAUACGUGUGUGACGUAAACGGGUUUAGUUUUGUGAAGAACUCAAUGAAAUACUACGACGACUCGGCGAAGAUCUUGGGGAAUAUGAUACUCAGGAAUCUGGCGCCACAGCUGCACAUCCCAUGGCUUAUACCCUUCCAAUUGGACGAUCCGCCGAUAGUGCCCACGACUUUGGGCAAAAUGAUGGAACUCAGGUGUGCUAUCGCUGUCAUCAGACACGGAGACAGAACUCCCAAACAGAAGAUGAAAAUGGAAGUAAAACACCCGAAGUUUUUCGAAAUAUUCGACAAAUACGGCGGUUAUAAAGACAGCAAACUUCACGUGAAGCUUAAGAAACCGAAGCAAUUGCAGGAAGUGUUAGACAUCGCGCGAUACCUCAUCUCCGAAAUCGACCAAAAUUCCGAUCCGGAAAUCGAGGAAAAUAAGUCAAAACUCGAACAAUUGAAGUCCGUUCUCGAAAUGUACGGACAUUUCUCCGGUAUUAAUAGAAAAGUUCAGCUGAAAUAUCAGCCUAAAGGCAGACCCCGUCAGUCCAGCAGCGAAGACGAAAAUUCUGGCGAUCCUUCACUGCUAUGUAUAGUGAAAUGGGGCGGAGAGUUGACCGCUGGCGGCCGCAUACAGGCCGAGGAAUUGGGCCGAGUUUUCCGUUGUAUGUAUCCGGGUGGACAAGGUGAAUACGCGGGAACUCAAGGCCUUGGUUUGCUUCGACUGCACAGCACUUUCCGACACGACCUUAAGAUCUAUGCAUCAGAUGAAGGUGAAUACGCGGGAACUCAAGGCCUUGGUUUGCUUCGACUGCACAGCACUUUCCGACACGACCUUAAGAUCUAUGCAUCAGAUGAAGGACGCGUUCAGAUGACUGCGGCUGCUUUCGCUAAGGGUUUGUUAGCACUUGAAGGAGAGUUGACUCCAAUUUUGGUACAAAUGGUUAAAAGUGCGAACACUAAUGGAUUACUUGAUAACGAUUGCGAUUCUAGUAAAUAUCAAAAUGCAGUGAAACACAGAUUACAUGAUAUGAUGCAAGUGGACAGAGAUUUCACUCCAGAAGACAUGGAACUUCUGAAUCCACUUCACGCCCGUUCCGUCCAAACAGCGCUUAAUUUUGUGAAAAAUCCGGUCAAAGCCUGUGAUACUGUUUACGGAUUUAUACAGGAAUUGAAU